CAAUGGAGGGCGCCGACGUGAUUGAGUCGCCGCGCAAGCGCAUCAAGACUGACAACCCGCCCACCACGGACGACGCUGUGCUUCCCCAGGCCGGCGGACCCGUUGCGGAGGAACCCGCCGCCGCGCCAGUCUCGGCCGAUGAUGCGCAGGCUCGAAGGGAGAUCGAGGUUGGAAUCACCGGCUAUGUCAGUGCGGACAACGAAGGAUUCUCCGGUAUUCUGAAGAAGAGAUACACCGAUUUCCUCGUGAACGAGAUUGUGCCGUCCGGUGAAGUGCUGCAUCUGCAGAAUGUUCCCGUUCAGGAGAAGAAGCAGAAUAAGGAGGAACAGUCCUCGGAGAAGCCAACCGCAAAGCCCCAGCCGGAGGACGGCGCCCAAGCUACAGCUGAGAAAGAUGCAACGCCGACCGCCGAAAUUCCCGCCCCCGAGUUCCAGAUCAGCGAUGAAGACAACGCGCUUCUCGAAUCCCUUUUCGGCGAGGAACCCACACAGAAGAUCCUGGCGCUGAACAAACGCGCUCUUGAGAACCCGAAGUCGAGGCCCAGCGACUUCAGCAAGAUCGCUACCGUCGUGGUCACCGAUCGCGAUCUGCGGAUCAAGAUGCACCAAGCCAUUCGUCGCAUCUUCAACUCUCAGCUCGAGUCCCAGACCGACAGUGAGGGCAUGAUGAACAUCUCCGUCGCCCCGAACCGGAACAACAAGAAGGCGCAGGGUGGACGCGGUAAUGGCAACGGCGGGCCGCGUGUUCCGAUCAACUGGGAUGAAUUGGGCGGCCCCUACCUGCACUUCACCAUCUACAAGGAGAACAAAGAUACCAUGGAGAUUCUGAAUUUCAUUGGACGCCAGCUCAAAGUGAACUCGAAGACCUUCCAAUUCGCCGGUACCAAGGAUCGACGCGGUGUGACGGUCCAGCGGGCGUGUGCGUACCGAGUGCAGGCCGAGCGGCUUGAGAAAAUCAACCCUACUCUCCGUAACGCAGUCCUCGGUGAUUUUGAGUAUCGCAAGCAUGGUCUCGAUCUGGGUGAUCUCAACGGCAACGAAUUCGUGAUCACCCUCCGCGACUGUGAGAUUCCCGGAGUCGUCGACCUUCAGGACCGCGAAGCCGCCAUCGCCAAGUCCACCGACCUUGUUAAGACUGCCCUACACAACCUCCGCGAACGAGGCUACUUCAACUACUUCGGUCUGCAACGCUUCGGAACCUACGCCACGCGCACGGACACCGUCGGCGUCAAGAUGCUUCAAGGCGACUUCAAGGGCGCCUGCGACGCCAUCCUCCAUUACAGCCCGCACACCCUAGAUGCCGCGCAACAGGGAGAAGCCGCCUCCGCUCUAAUCAGCUCCGACGACCGCGCGCGCGCCGAAGCGAUCCACCUCUACACGACCACCGCCAACGCCGGCAAGGCGCUUGAGAAACUGCCUCGCAAGUUCUCCGCCGAGGCCAACAUCAUGCGCCAACUGGGCCGCUCGAAGACCGACUACCUCGGCGCCCUCCAGGCUGUGCCCCGUAAUCUGCGCCUGAUGUACGUCCACGCCUACCAGUCGUUUGUGUGGAACUUCGCUGCCACCGAACGCUGGCGGUUGUACGGCGACAAGGUCGUCGAAGGCGACCUCGUCCUGAUCCACGAACACACCGACAAGACCUCCUCGUCCGCCGCCAACGCCACCGGCGCUUCCGCAGCCGCGACUACCGAACCGGCCGACGAGACCGUUGACGCCGAUGGCGAAGUCAUCAUCACGCCCCAUGCAACCGGCGACAGCGCCUACGCGGCCGAGGGCAUCACGCGCGCCCGCGCCCUUACCGCCGAGGAAGCCGCCAGCGGCAAAUACAACAUCUUCGACGUCGUGUUGACGCUUCCUGGAUACGAUGUGCUGUACCCGGCCAACGCCAUGACGGAUUUCUACAAGCAGUUCAUGGGCAGUGAGCAAGGCGGUGGCCUCGAUCCCUUCGAUAUGCGCCGGAAGUGGAAGGACGUGAGUCUCACGGGCGGAUACCGCAAGCUGUUGAACCGCAUGGGGCCGGACUAUUCGGUCGAUGUGAAGGUCUACGAGAGGGAUGAUGAGCAGUUCGUGGCGACCGAUCUGGAAAGACUUCAGGGUCCGAGCAAGGAUGGAGCUGAUGCUGAUGCUGCUCAGGAGCAGGGGGAGAGCAAACUCGCUGUGGUGCUCAAGUUCCAGCUUGGAUCGAGCCAGUAUGCAACCAUGGCGUUGAGGGAGUUGACGAAGGGCAAGGUCAAGGCUUACACGCCUGAUUAUGGGAAAGGGCGGUAAUUGUAUAGAUCUAAAAGUUUAUUCGAGUGUAUAUAUGCGCAUUGGAAAAUAGAGCGAUUUAUUGGAG